AUGACGUACCCAGCGCCUGUGCUCUCCCACACGCCGUCCAAUCAGUCGUCCGUUGAUGCUACGCCGCAAGCCGACCGCGGUACCCCGCAAAAGAGCUUCGACGACCUCGCAGCUUCCAAUGAUGCGCUCGGGGAUGAAGAGAAAGAUAUCGAGAAGCAGAAGGAAGACGACGGGGAGGAGCGGACGGGGGAAAGGAGCUAUCUCGUGGAGUUUGACGGCCCGGGCGACCCUGGAAAUCCCAAGAGCUGGACUGCAAAGCGCAGAUGGGCGAUAACCGUCAUGAUGGGAUCGCUGGUGUUCACGGUCACGUUUGCAAGCUCCAUCUUCAGCGUCAACAUCGCUGUGGUGCAAGAGAAGUUCAAUGUCUCAAUGGUCGAGGCUACUUUGGGUGUAGCACUUUUCGUUCUCGGUUUCGUCUUUGGCCCUAUUGCUUUUGGUCCCAUGUCAGAGGUCCUCGGACGCCGCAUACCCCUGUUCGCCGGAUACGCUCUCUUCGCAAUCUUCCAAAUCCCCGUCGCGCUCGCACAAAACGUCGCUACAAUAUGUGUUGGCCGUUUCCUGGGAGGAUUCUUUGCAGCAGCACCGCUUUCGGUAGUCGGUGGUGCGCUUGCUGAUCUGUGGGAUCCUAUUCCUAGGUCCUACGCUAUCUGCAUAUUUGCCGCUGGUGGCUUCGCAGGGCCCGUAGCCGGACCCAUUGCUGGUGGGUUUAUUACCGAGUCGAGCCUUGGCUGGCGAUGGACGUCUUGGAUUACCUUGAUUAUGGCUGGCGUCUUUGGAGCAGUUGGGAUUUUGGUUAUACCUGAGACGUCGCCGGCUAGAAUACUCCAGUUGCGGGCGGCCAAGCUGCGGAAGGAGACGGGGAAUUCAGAGUACCACGCGGCGGCCGAUGCGAAUAAGCUCACCAUGGAUAGAGUACUGAGAGUCUACUUGAUCAGGCCUUUUCAGAUGUUCUUGCAGGAGCCGAUUCUCGCGCUCAUGACCGCCUAUAUGAGCUUUCUCUACGGAAUCGUCUAUCUGCUUUUCGAAGCCUUCCCAGUGUCUUUCUACGAGGAACGCGGUUGGUCCCUAGGCGUGUCUCAGCUGCCUUUCACGGCCUUCAUCUUCGGAAUCGCCCUAGGCGCAGCACUGAUCGCCUACAGCGCCGCAACAAACUUCACACGGGCCUACAACAAAUACGGCAAAGCUAUACCCGAAGAGCGUCUCCCACCAAUGAUCAUCGGCGCCGUUGCCUUGCCUGCUGGGCUGUUCUGGUUUGGCUGGACCUCGAAUCCGGACAUCACAUGGGUGCCGUCUGUGCUUGCCACAGCGCUGAUUGGCCUAGGCUGCAUGGUGCCCUUCUGGCAAGGCAUGAGCUACCUCAUUGACUGCUACGGCUUCUACUCGAACUCCGCCAUCGCGGUAAAUACUUUCAUCCGCAGCUUCUUCGGCGCUUUCUUCCCACUGUUCACGCACGCCAUGUAUAUUAAUCUUGGGGUUCCGUGGGCAAGUAGCUUGCUGGGUUUCAUUUGCGUCUUGUUCCUUCCUGUUCCAGUACUUUUCUACAUCUACGGCGCCAAGAUAAGAGAGAAGAGCAAGUGGGCCCCUACCGGCUAG